CUUCUCCAAAACAACCAUUCAUGCAAUGACGCCCAACUAGAAAACAAAAUCUAAUUGCACGUUAAAACUGUGUGUGUGAAGAAGCACGAUCUAUUUCCAAUUUCCAUCAACCCUCAGACAAACAAACGAACACGGUCUUUCUCUCUGUAUAUUUCAUUUCUCCGCGUGAUCAGAGAAAGAAAGGUCGAAUGGCGACGAGGUACUGGGUAGUGUCUCUCCCUGUUCCGAAUUCCGCAUCCACUUUGUGGAACAAAUUGCAGGAAGAAAUCUCCAAACACUCCUUCGACACCCCUCUUUACAGAUUCAACAUUCCUAAUCUCCGCGUCGGAACCCUAGACUCUCUCCUCUCUCUCAGCGACGAUCUCGUCAAGUCGAACAACUUCGUGGAGGGAGUGUCACACAAGAUCAGGCGACAGAUUGAUGAUCUGGAGAGAGUGUCGGGCGCGGUGACCAGUAGUUUGACGGUGGAUGGAGUACCUGUUGAUUCGUACUUGACGAGGUUUGCUUGGGAUGAAGCCAGGUACCCGACUAUGUCGCCGUUGAAGGAGACUGUGGAUGGGAUUCAUGGUCAGGUGGCAAAGAUUGAGGAUGAUCUCAAGGUUAUUCAUAUUUCUAAUGCAGAUUUGGACAUAAUUUGA